ACCUAUCUACCUGUGGAUCUCUACCACAGUAAAACACAUGAGCAGAACCAACUUUAGACACUUAUUGUUCUGAAAAAUACUGGCCUUAAAAUGAGCAGUUCACAAAUCCCUCCAUGGGUUAGAAAGGCAAUAGACCAACGUCUUGGUUCUCUAACAAAGAGAAAGGUUCCUGCUGAAGCUAGUUUUGAAGGAUUGAGUGGCAAAAAGAAUUUAUCUCAUAAAGAAUGGGAUGAUGAGCUCAGUAGUUUCAUAAGCACCCUCCUUGUUGAGCAAGAGGCUAACAAGCACCGUCCUCACAAGCAGGCUGUUACCUUUGCUCUUUCACUUUUGUCCAUGUUGAAAGAUCGUAAGACCAACGGCGGUAAUGAAUUAUUGAUUCAUAAGCUUGUGCUUGCUCUUCUUACUCUUUCAUUAACACACCCUGAAGCUACAAAUGCCCAAGGUUUCAAAGGUGUGAUUCAAGAAGAAGUGCUAGAUCAGUAUUCGCAUGAUGAGUUCCUUCAGGCUUCUGGGAAUAAGCUUCUUGAUAUUGCUGAAGAUUUGGUUCAGUUGGAUCUUUCCUCCCAACCUUUCCAAUUUCCUCCAUUCCAAAAAGCUCUACCCUACUUUCCAAGCUAUGGUUAUCAGGCAACCCUGGUAUUUGCUGAUGAUAAGCUGGAUCAAGAUAUCCAAAGAUCUAUUAUUUCACUCGUGACUGAGCUCAAAUUGCUCUGUGAAAAAAUCGAUCAAAGCCAAAAUAGUGCAUCUAAAGGAAAGCAAGCUCAUUCAGGCUUCAACAUCGGAUUUGAUCUUGAUUAUUGGAUUCACUGGUGUCAGCUUCUCAACAAGAAGCCUUCCACUCCUGUGGUGAAUGCAGCUAAGAUGAUGGAUUCACCUACUGACAACUUUAUGAAGAAUCAGCCCAAGCUACGCUACACAAAUGGUCACGUUUGGUUGUUUCUCAAAGCAGACAGUAAAGAGGACAGUGAGCAAAUGUUGGCAAUGGUCCGUGCCCAUGUUAAGGGUUUUAGGAAGUCUGGCGUAUCAGUUCGCCUGAAGGUAACAGCCGCCUACAAGAAAAACGAAGGGAGAAUAUUUGGUGGCCAGUUUCAAGAUGGAGUGACCAAUGCUGUUGAUGCCGUGUCGAUUGUGAGAGAGGUGGUCUUGCCACCAAUUCCUUCUACUAUGGAUACCCCUAACCCUGAAGGAGGCUGCUUUGCUUUUGUUCAGUUCUUCAAGUUUGACAAAUCGGCUUUACAUGACUAUUCCAUCCCUAUCUCUGAGAAUAUGAUAGGUCGAGACAGCAUGUACAGUGAAACUCUAGCACGACUGGAUGAUAGAUGCCAUAUCAAGAGGGCCAGGUUGAUCAACUCUAGAGAUGGGACCAACACAGAGCUUCUUCGACAAAGUCUACCAUUUGUUCCGAGUUCGGAUAAAAGCGUUGAUCGUGGUCCCAUGUCAGAAGGGCUCUUCUUUGUUGCCUUUGGAAAAUCUGCUGAGAGAUUCAGUGAUAUCGUGCAAAAUUUAUUUGGUCACUCAAAAGCACUGUUCACUGAAGACUUGAUGCUGACUCAUGUGCAUGGAAUGUUUGGAAGACUGUUCUACUGCCCCAAUACAGUAGAGUUGGAUUCUCUCCCAAAAUUCUCCGAUGCUGACAUUUACCCUGCCAUUCCAUUCUGGAUGAAGUAUGUGAGCAAAAACCCUGCUUUCUUCUACAACCACAUUCAGUAUCUACAUGGGAUGGCCACCAACUAUGUUCAUGGUGAUCCUCCAUCCAAGAGAAUUCUCUAUCUUAUGAGCGCGCUGUUUGCUCGCUGGCACUCCACAUGGAUUCACAAAUUUGAUGUUCCACGACUACCGCAUUUGAGCGAAUUUCUUCGUGAAGAUGAGAAAGGAAUCAUGGAUCGCCCUAUUCAAGUUCGAAAGGGCUAUAGCUACAAGAAGAUGUUGGGAGAGGUGUUCACUAGUGACAAGCGUGUUCCUAACUCUUCGGGAAAGAUAUAUGGCUUUUCCGAAAACUUUGAUACCUACCGGAUUGAUCCGAAGGAUCUGAUUGUUGGGGUCACUGACAGACUCUCUUUUGGAAGUGGCAAAGAAGUGAUGCCUUACCUCAAGGAGGGUGCUGAGAUGGAUCUAUCCCUUGGUCUAGGUCUCACUGAGGCUGGGAACAUGGGCCACAUCGUUCCUGGUCAUCACUACAUCUUGGAGUUGGGCGUGGAAGGAAUGAUUGAGAAGCUAAGAAAGUUAAGCAAGAACCCUAAUCUUGCUGAUCAACAGCUGUUCUAUGAGAGUGCCAUUCAUUCUUUCGAGGGUGUACAACAGUAUAUGUUGCGGUACAGCAACCUAGCGAGAGAAACAGGACAGAAAUUACACACAUCUACAUCACAGGCCAGUGAUCGUAAGAAUAUGAGGGAUAUUGCCAACCGUAUGGAACGUAUUGCCCAUGGCCGUGACUCGAAGGAUUUUUCUUUCCAUGAUGCUGUGCAACUUGUGUUUUCCAUGCAUUGCUGCCUCCAUCUUGUGGGCCAGGCUGUGUCUGUGGGCAGGCUAGACCAACUUGUUAUAGCCUUUUACCGAAGAGAUGUCAAAAACAAAAUGCUCACCGAAGAAAAGGCACAAGAGAUUAUUGACGCUUUCUUCAUCAAGUUCGAUGAGCAUGCUGUGCUAAAUCGCUACAACAUCCCUUAUGGGCACACUACAUAUGGGUCUACAUGUGUGACUGGCAGAGGAGGUCCUUUCCCAACUGGAGACUCUUUGAACCAAUGGAUUCAACAGAUAACAGUUGGCGGUUACCUAGAAGAUGGUUCUGAUGGUUGCAAUGAAAUAACCUUGAUGUGUCUGAAGGCUUGUCGUCGCCUCCCGCUUAAUGCCCCUUGUGUAUCUCUGCGACUUAACAGCUUAACACCCGAAGCUGUAAAGAUGGAGGCAGCUAAAGCUUUGCUGAGUGGCGGAGCUCACCCAAUACUCUUCCAUGAUGAUAAAAUGGUUGAUGGGUUAUAUGAGGUGUUACGCCAGUCUUACCUGCGUUCUGGUCUCCAAGAGCCUGAUGACCUGAAAGCAGUGGCCAGAGGUUAUUCGUGUGAUGGUUGCUAUGAGCCCAUGUUCACUGGAAGAUCAGAGUUUAAAUUUGCGUAUAUCGACCUAUUAAGGGCUAUCAUCUAUUCACUAAACUCUGGGGCAAACUAUCAGGGUGCCGGACCACUCUUCCUUGCUGGUGGAGUAUCUUCUUACAGAACUGCAUUGCCAGAAGACAUCCACACUUGGGAUGAAUUUAAGGCUAUUUUCAGAAUGCACCUCAAGCUGCUUGUUCAGAACCUGUACAACCUCAUUUUGGGUGCAUAUGGGAACCCUUGGAAAAUCUGUCCCUCACCAUUAUUGUCGUGUCUACUGGAGGGAUGUGUGGACAGUGGCACGGACAUGACUAAUGGUGGAUCAAGAUUCCAUAUCCUCACCCCAAUGUACGUUGGGUUUGCCAACGCUAUAAACUCGCUCUACAACGUGAAGAAAAUGGUGUACGAUGAGAAUGACGUUACCACAUUGGAAGAUCUCAGGAUGGCUCUAAUCAACAACUGGGGAGAAUCAACUGUGGAGCCAUUCUAUGAUGAAAUUGGUGUGGGUGUUCUGCACAGUACUAUGUCAGCUGAGCGCUUCAAGGAGCUUCGUGAGCAUGCUCUUUCUCUUCCUAAAUUUGGAACAGACACUGCUGAUGACGAGAUCAAUGAUAUUGCUCUAUGGUUGGCAACUGAGAUGAAUGAAAUUGCUUAUGAAGCUCUCUAUGAAGAAGGAAACAUCUCAAAAAUGUAUGAGGAUCUAAAAAAGAAACACAGUGUGCCUGGGAAACCUUUUCUUUUCCAAGUUAUGACAGGGAGUGGUACAUUCGAGAGUUACUUCAGUGUUGGUGCUGGCUGUGCUGCUACUCCAGAUGGGCGUCUAAACGGACAGCCAACUGCUUCAGAUUGUAGUCCGCAGCCAUUUGCACAAGAUCGCCCAGUGCCAACGGUGAACCCAAUGGACAUAGUGGAUACAUUGAAGCCAUACAACAAACUAAACCUUGACAAGUUAAUUCCAAAUGGAUGUGAAGUGGAUUUGACAAUCUGUGAAGAGUUUCCGAUUGAAUCACUACUGGAGUUUAUGGAAGCCUUUAUCAAGAGGCAAACAGGGUCUAACCUUGUGACAGUGACCUGUGUGGACUCAUCAAGCAUUCAAAGGGCUGUGAACGAGCCGCAAAAGUUUGAUCUGGUUAGGAAUAGAAUGGGAGGCUGGAGCAACUUCUUUGUGUCUAUGUUUUCUGGGCACCAAAAGCAGCACGCACGUAGACCAGUGUUUGGGCCACAUAUGAAUUAAACAUUGAUUGUCUAUAAUUAUUGUGUACGAUAAUUUUGUGAUACCAUCUCAUUUGUAGAUGUGUAUAAUGUACCGGUACUCGGUAGUAGAGACUUAAUAGAGGUAGAUCUGAAUAACUUAAUUAUAAUUAAUGAUAAUGUUGUUAUAUGAAAUCAG